UUUUUGUGCUGUCUAAGUUUAAGUACAUUAAUACGUUCAAAUAACUUGCUGCUCGUUCAACGAUGUUCAACUAUCGCUAAACGCUUAGGCUUCUGCAGACGAAAUGUUUACUGCAAGCGCUUUCCAACACUAUCAGCUAUUUUGGCGGCAAAUUUUAGUAAGCAAAAUUGUCAAAGGGCAUGGAUAAAUAUUUAAUUAAAAUGCCAGUAAAAUCAAAAAAUAAUGUCCUGCCAGAGGAAAAUAAGACUGUUAAGGAAGAACAGCCGAAGCCAAAGAAAGUCGCUAAGGAACAGAGUGCAAUUGCUAAUAAGCGAAAGAAUUUAGAUACUCCAGAAAUAAUCAAAGACAAAGAAAACGCCGAGGUUGAGAACCCACCCAAGCGCAGGAGCACUCGAGUGACGCGCAGCACACGCUCCAUGGCUGAUGACGGAACGCCUUCGCCGGAGAUGGAAGUCCCAGAGAAGUUACCGUUCAUCAAGUAUCGCGGUGCCAUCAAAUAUUUCACCGAAAGCCAAGAGAUUGCCGCCUCUGCAGAUGAGGUCAUGCAGUGGGUGGAUAAGCAGACCAACGCAGAAAUCGUGCCCAUGGCCUUUGACAUGGAGUGGCCCUUCUCCUUCCAAACGGGACCCGGCAAGUCAUCCGUUAUACAAAUAUGCGUUGAUGAGCGCUGCUGCUAUGUGUAUCAACUAAGCAAACUAAAGAAGAUCCCAGCUGCGCUGGUCGCACUCAUAAAUCAUCCCAAAGUCCGGCUGCAUGGCGUGAAUAUAAAGGCCGAUUUCCGCAAGUUGGCGCGCGACUUUCCUGAGGUAGCAGCUGAGCCGCUGAUCGAGAAAUGCGUUGAUUUGGGUGUGUGGUGCAAUGAGGUCUGCGAGACAGGCGGCAGGUGGAGCCUGGAGCGACUGGCCAACUUCAUAGCCAGGAAGUCAAUGGACAAGAGCAAAAAGGUGCGCAUGAGCAAAUGGCAUGUAAUACCGCUCGACGAGAACCAACUGAUGUACGCGGCCAUAGAUGUUUAUAUUGGUCAGGUUAUUUAUAGGGAAAUAGAGCAGCGCGAGCAGACAAAACUGAAGAACGAGGCCGAGUUCAAGCAACAAAACGGAGAAACUGCAUUCAAGGCUGUCAAAGCGUUAGGUGAAACCUUCCUCACCAAGAUCAACGAGGUGACACUCUAGAGUUGCAAUGAAGAAAUCCUAGGCUUUGGCCUAGGCAAUAUAUACUUAAAAUUUUAUUUCAAAUUGUAUUAAGAUUAUACUUAUAUGCAUUAACAGAGAUUUAUAAAAUUUAAAGUACUGUAACGAUCUUUGAUACG